UCAACUUCUGCCGGUGUGUGACGUCACUAAUUAGGUCCUAAAUAUAAAGUAUUGUUAGUGUGUUGCAUGCCAUGCUAUUGGAGCAAUGAAAAGAGUAAUUUAAUCAUAAAAUGGAUGAACAAAAUGUAGAGAAAUGCGGCUCUGCUAUCGGAGAACAUGCUUCAAAUACAUUUUAUAAAGCAAUUAAAUUUUCAAAAAAUGGUCGAUAUAGAAUUUUAACCCUGGGUGAAUUUUUCUACAUAAAAAUAACGAAAUUGAGAGAUGUUUGCGUGGGGGAGCUGCAGAUGAUUUGGACAAACAAGCAAGAUGAAAAUCAACUUAUAUGCAGCGUGCGACUGUAUGUGUUGCCUGAACAUACAGAUACAGGCAGGGAGGACGAGCAUGGAGAGGAUGAGAUCCUUGCCAUGUCGGAGAAGCUGAUCCUGAAGGCCGGGGACCUAGUGCCGCUGUUGAUAGAGAACGUGACUUGGACCUUCGGGCGGCCUCUGUGUCAGGAGGAGAGCCUGUCCCCCCACAAAGAGGAGUUCCGAAAUAUCUUUGUCUGCAACAAAAAGGGACUUAACUUCUCCGAUGUUGAAAAGGAAAAGGAAAAGAUAGAUGACAAGGGUGACCUAACAUCGACUCCUCUGACGAUCCUCAGUUUCGCCCAGUACUGUAGAUACAGGACAGUGCUAAAGAGAUUGGAAAACAUGGUGGACAAAUGGUUAAGAAAUGCAAUUAUUUGUGCCAUUGGAGGAAUUGUGACCAAAUCCAAGAAUGCCAGAAUCAUGUUCUGUAAGACGACCGUGGACGUCCCUGAACUGGAUGACCUUGAGAUUCGGUGUGACCAUCUAGCUCCUUCUCUGAAAGGGAGGCCGAGGAAGAAGAAAUCGUUGACCCGGAGCGACUCAGACAGUUACGAGACUUCAUCAGAUAUCUCCACUCCUGGAGGAAGGAAAGAUGUAUUGAUUGGGAAGAGGGAGUCGGCCCUCCGCAAUGGUUUGAAGUUUGACAACAGUCAGGUCAGUGCUGAGGAACAGGAGUUUUUAUUCAAUCUUCACUGCUUCAUGAAGAGGAGGAACACCCCCAUCAGCCGUAUCCCCUCGCUGGGCUUCAAGCAAGUGGACCUUUACUUUUUCUACACUUAUGCUCAAAAACUAGGGGGAUAUGAAAUGGUGACACAGAAGAGGUUAUGGAAACACCUUUACGACAGACUCGGAGGAAAUCCAGGAAGUACAAGUGCUGCCACCUGUACUCGAAGGCAUUACGAAAAAUUAUUACUACCUUAUGAGCGAUAUGACAAAGGCCGCAAUAUUGAAAAGAAACACUCCAAACAUCACAAGGAGGAACCCUCCACCACACACAGGGAAGACAACUCUUGUAUGACUCCAACAGAGGACGGAUUCUCCAAACCUAGAAGGAGAUUUAAAACCACUCUGACACUCAGACAGAGAGCUGAACAGUGGGAACAAAUCCGAAAGCUUAAGGAGAGGCAAAAAGCCAUCAAAGGCAGAAAACCCGGACGACCAAGGACAGUGAAGAAUCUCCUGGAUAGUUCAGAGAAAGAGAAGACACAGGCCCUCUCCUACACGAGCAUUAAGACUGAGAUUAGCAGUAGAGAGGAGACAGAAGACGCCCCAGGGGACAGGCUGGAGGGCUCUGUUAUGAUCAAGGAGGAGAAGGAAAGUGUGUCAGACAGUGAAUCCCAUGUACAAACUGUGUUCAGCCAAUCGAAACUCUUCCAGCAAAACUCAGUGCAGGGGUCAUCUAGUACAAGCAUGAACCACUCCAACGCCAUGGAGAGAGACGUUCCCAAUAUCCCGGUACACCAGGCAGCGUUGUUUUAUCCACAGACAUUUGUCCCCCUGGGUGGACUGCAUCCUAUGGGACUCCCGCUCAUGAAUCAACUACCUAUGGGAAUACCCAGGUUUCAUAAUCAUCCAUUAUUCAGUCCAGCUUCAUCAGAAAAGCAGCAGCAAUCAUAUCGUCCAAACAUCCUAAGAAACUCGCAGAAGACACCUCAAGAGAUCCGAUCAGCCCAUGCUUCAUCCAAAUCCUCAGGUUAUCCACUCUCAAAGUCUGUGGACCCGUCUCCAAGUUGCCAGACUUCUAACAUGUCCCCUGCUUCAUCAUCAGCAGCAUCCUCCCCAAAGACACUCAUGGUACCUCCAGCUCACUCCAAUGGCCUCAAAAGGUCCUUCUCAACAAAUCAUCAAAAGGUUUCCACUGCUUCAGCUCCAAACUUUGCCAAUAAGUCAUUGUUGUUUGAUUUUGAGAGUCCCAAACGUCAAAAGCUAGAUGUUGCAGCUAUUAAUAGCUCAGAAUGUUCUGAUGAGCCAACAGACUUAAGUAUGAAAACUCUUAAAAAAAGGACUGGUUCAGACAAUGUUGAGAGAACUGGUACUCCCAGUAGGGACACCCCAGAGAAUCUGUCGAAUCGGGAGAGAUCUCCCUCCCGAAGUCGGCCACCAGUCCAUUCUAGUCCUGCAGGCUCGGAAGCACCUACUGAUAUUCCCCACAGUGUGUUCAGUAAGCGGCCUUCAUCUGUGUUCAUUACGUCACCUACUUCCCUCAGCAGUAGCAUGGUAGAGCUCAGUAAUGGACCAUCUACCCCCUCACAAUCUCAGGAGGGACUCCGGUCAAUGAAAUUCGAGUCCCAGGAUCUCAGAAAGUCCAGGAGUGCUAUAAAGGGUUCUGAGUCCUUCAGUUCCAGUAUGAAGGCUGCUGGCCUACCAGAACUUCCUCCAGGAAUGGUCCACCCAGCAUUCCUACACCCUAUGAUGCGUCCCUCAGUCCCCAUCCCACAGAGCGGCUACUUCCCCAUCCCCCUACAGCUUCAGCAGCUGUACCAGGCCCAGCUGAGAGCUAGUGCUGCCUAUGACGGCCUUCUACAACGAGACCACGCCUCAUUCAGCGGAGUCCCCCUCCCAAUGUUUGUUCCACAGAUGCCUCUGUACUCACAGAGAGACAAAAAGUGACCGGCUGUGCAAUCUUUGUCAACUAUCCUUUAUAGCUAUCUAAUUUGAAGUUUGGGUUACCUCAAUGCAAUUAUUGGAGUAUAUUUUUAAAUAUUUUCUCUGAAUACUGAUUUUGAUGUAGAAGUUAUGGUAUACUAGUACAUGUAUAUUGUGUAUUCAAUGUGCAAGGUUGAAAUUUCUUGUGAAUGAUUCCACUACAAUUUAAGAAAACCCAUCAAAUCAUGAGAAAUUCCAAGUCUGUACAUCUCCCGGGUAGAUGUAGAAUCUUAAGUCGUGCUGUUGGCGACACUGGUUCUAACGGAAUCUAUAUUUUGUUAUUAACCCCUGUCCACUGUUUUCAAAGUUGAAAUGUGUAUGUUGAUUUUUCAUAUGAUGCUGAUAGCAUGUUUUUGUUUUUUGUUUAUAAAACUUUUUCUUAUGAUAUGUUACUACAAAUGAUUAUCCUAGCAUAAUACAGAUUUUUCUAUAGAAUGAGUUUAGACCGAUAUGUAGUUAUUGUUUGGAUGAGAUUAGAAUGAAAGAAAACUCAUUGUAAAGAGUUCUGCUCGUGCAUAAAUCUGCAAUGAUGGCGACUGUAAAUCACUUUUACUGUGCUGCAUUUGAAAACUGAAUUAGGAUACUUAAACACCUGUUUUUGAAAACUUUUUUUUUAAAUAUAAUUUUUUACAAUGUAUAGUAUAACUUACUAAUUUUUAUCUUUAAGUGUACAAUGUACCAACAGCAAUAUUUGUUCAGACUUUGGUUUAAGUUUCUUGGGAAGUAAAUGAUAUGCUAAUACAUGUACUGCUUGACAUGUAAUUACUAGCUGUGCAUUUGUGUGAUAUGGGAACAAGCAUCAAUCUAGGCACAGGUAUUAAUUGGGGGUAGUACACUAGACCGUGGUAAUCACUAGUGGUAGAUUGUACUUCAGACUUGUAGGCAUUUACUAUCAGAUUUCAUUGAGCAGAAAAGUGAUUUACAGUAAAGCAGCAUGUGUUCCAUCUCUUGUGUACGCAACAGAGAAGCAUGCCCACUGGUAUGACAACUGCUGUGGUAGCUAUUUUCUAUUCCCACUUCAAAUAUUCAUGAACACAAAAAAAAUGCAAUUUACUGAUUUCACAUAAAUUUAGUAAAUAUGAUACGUUGUUUUCAAUGCUUUUUUCCUUAAGAGAAUCACUUUAAAUAUAUCGGCAUUGUUUUUCUUUUUAACAUGGUAUUGGGUAUAUGUUAAUUUAUAUUUUAAAAUAUUUGUUUUUAUCCGAUCUUAUUAAAAUUUAUUUUGCUAUGUUUAUCUCAAAACUUAGAAGUGCAUUUGCAACAGUGAGGAUGUCAUCCUAAGUUAACUGGAACAAGUGAAGUUUCCAUCUGUAGGGCAAAUUCUGGACUGUUGUGUACAAAGAAACGGAAUGUAUGUGUCUGUAGCAGGCGCCCAAUAAACAGCAUAUUGAUGUUAGCUUUAGUCUAGAUUUUAUAUUAUGGUAGUACUUUACUUUCCCUAUAGCUUACAACUUCCCUUUUUUAUAAGUCCCAGAUAGAGAGUCAUUGAGAGAUAUUGUGUAGACAUUUUUGUUGUUUACUUUGGAGUUUCUAUUGUUUUUUAUAGUACUUUUUGUUGGUUGUUUAUUUUUUUCUACCAGAUCUGCCUUACAGUUUAUUUUGUGGAGAUCAGAGAGAAUUGUCAUUUUAAACAAAUUCCAAAGACUGCAAUAAUGUGAAUGAUUUGAUAUUAUCAGAAGAAAUUAUUUUAUAAAUCAUGCUGUAGGAGAGUAACUCCGAGUUGAUACUCCUGUGAAGUGCAAUUCUCACCAGAAAUCAUUACUGAUUAAAAGUGUAUGAUGUCUUUCAACACUCUGCAAAAGUAAUAUCACCAAAGUCAUGAGCCAAGAACUCCAUCAAAUUAAGAAUAUAUUUAUAUUUGUGCAUUUUGUUAUGCAACUAAAAUGUCGGUUACAAAGAUUUAUAAUAAAGAUAUACUAGAUUCUA